AUGGACAGUAAAAACCAUACGAGUGAUAGGGCUAGGGCGUACCCCACAGGCGACGCGCAGGGGCAGCACCCGGCUCCUGUGGGAAAUGGACCAGGGUUGUCGCACCGGAACGGGCGGGUGCGACGUAAGAAGCGAGCUCGAAGUGUGAGAGAGUUAAGAUUGAGGUGUGCAAGUUGGAAUGUAGGAACGGUGUCUGGAAGAGGAAGAGAGCUAGCAGAUGUUUUAAAAAGGCGACGGAUAAAUGCAGCGUGCCUGCAAGAGACAAAGUGGAAGGGUGCAAGGGCUAGGGAAAUAGGAGAAGAAUAUAAAUUAUUCUAUUGUGGAAGUGAUAGCAAGAGAAAUGGUGUGGGUAUAGUUUUAGAUAGUAGGUUGAAAGAAUGUGUGGUGGAUUCAGGCUGUGAGGAGAGCGUGAAAGAAAAGUUUUGGGAGGACUUUGAUUGCCUGCUGAUGAAUUUACAGGAUAGCGAGGAAGUAUACGUGGGUGACUUUAAUGUCCAUGUAGGAAGAGAGAGUGAUGGAUAUGAGAGAGUGCAUGGUGGGUGGGGAUUAGGAAAUCGGAACGCUGAUGGCGAAGCACUUUUACAAGCUGCCUGUGCCUUCGACCUGGCUAUAACAAACACGUGGUUUAAGAAAAAAAAGGAACACCUAAUAACCUACAAGAGUGGCUACCACGCGACACAGAUAGACUACUUCCUAAAACAGCCAAACACGGCCCCCUCCAAAGACGAAUGUGCUAGUAGAUUUAGGAACCAUAUAGUGGAGAAAGUGAUAGAAAUGAAUGAGAUGGAAGAGAAAUUGGUAGAUGAAUGUUGGAAUGAGAUGGCCAGGCACAUAAGGAAGAUCGCAAAAGACGUGUUUGAAGAGUCGAAAGAAAAAAGUUUGAUAGAUAGGGAUACAUGGUGGUGGAAUGAAGAAGUGCAAAUGUACUAA